AACACGUCACGUGACCAAUACUUCUGAAGACACUCCAUUGCUGCUAGCUUACUUUUCUGCUAGGAACUAACUGCACGUCUGACGGGGGGGAAAAAACGAAAAAGACAUAAACUUCAGUAUCGUAAUAUUGAAUUCAUGAUGAAAUGCAGGCAGAUAAGAUGGAUCCAGCGGAAGAACCCCCAUCAAUGUUGUGGGGACUGGACCCAAUCUUUUCUGCCUUCGCCAGGCUUUAUGUCAAAGACAUCUUACAGAUGACAGAGUCCACGCAGGUGCCAGGUAUUUACUUCUACAACUUACACCCGAUCUACAAAGUUGAUGUGCUGGGGACAGUGGUUUACAAGAGAGAGAGGGAGGACUUCUUCUGUUAUGGAGUGGAUGAUGGUACUGGCGUUAUAAACUGCCUUUGCUGGAAAACUGACCUAAUGAAAGAGGAGUGUCAUCCCACUACAUCAGGGGGAAAGCACAGUGAUGGGGCUCGAGGAGGCUUCAAUCCAGUUGCUGAGCUGGAGAAACUGCGACGGGCCCAGCAGAGCCGCUGCCACCUGGAGAUUGGAGAGCUGCUACGAGUCAGAGGACCGGUGAAGACGUCGAGGCAGCAGAGAGAAAUCAUGGCCUCCACCUUCUAUAAAGUGAACGACCCAGUGAUGGCAGUUCAGAUAGCGUGGAUGAUGGAGGUUCCUCAGCUCUACAGGCUGUGCUAUGACAAACCAUUCCAGCUGCAACCGAAUGAAACUGGUGAUGCAGCCAUCGGUCCCCUCAACAAGGCGACAAACAUCCUCAGAGAUUUCUUGAAGCAGAAGUCGGUGACCAGUUUCAGACCCUAUGAUGUUCAGGAGCUCCUGCAGCCUCUGAUCUCCUGCCAGCCUCAAACAGCAUCAGCAGACCAGGAGCCUGUGGCGGGUCCUUCUGCAUGCCAGCAGCUACGUCAGCUUUUGAAGGAGGCCCUGCAAAUAUUACAGGACAACGGAACCGUGUACCGAAAGGUCAAGUCCCAGGAUGAAGUCUAUCAUGUGACUGCACAUGACAAAGAUCUACUCAUUGCUGUCAAAGACAUCAUCAGGGAAGACUCAAAGAGAGAGAAAUAUGCAGAGAAGGGUUGUCACAUCAUGCACAUCUUGUCUGCAGUCAGGCAGCGCUACAGCCUCAACGUGAGCAAGGCAGCCCUGGAGCUGGUCCUCAAAUCACUGGAGUGCAACAGUGACAUUGUCAGUACCAGCGAGAACUAUUACACUAUGUUUUAACUUGAGCACAGCAGGUUUGGGAACCCAGUAUUACUGCAUAUACUGUUCCAUGUGUAGCAUGGCUUAUUGGCUUAUGAGCAACCAGUAUGUUUAAGUAAAUCAUGCCAUUUGCACUCCUUUGUUUAUCUUGACUGUUAUAAUAGUUGCCAACAUUAAUUGAACUCUCCAUUUUUUUUUUUCCAAUUACUGCUUGACGUUAGUGUGUCAAGGUUCAAUAUUAAGUUUAACUUAAAUGUAUUUGAAAGACAUGCCUGUGAUAAUGGACAGACAUGGAUCAGAGAAGCCUCUGGGACCAUAUUGCACUCUGCUGUUAGGUUAAGUUCGCCAGAAAAUGUCAUAAUCAUUAUCAUUAUCAGUCAUUAUCUGUUAUCUUGUAAAGCACAAAACAUGUCUGGAGCGUCACAGCAAAACAGUUUUGCCAUAUUCUCCUAACUGAAGUAGACGGGGACUUCAAAAAACUGUACAACCGAAACAUAAAAUGUUUUCAUACAACUAAUCAAAGUCUCAGGAAACCCCGAAAUCCUAAAAAAUACAUUUACGCUUUUGUUAAAGCUGAAACGGUCACUGUAGCUACUAAGCUAAAAGGGUUCGCACGCACCGUGUCUGAAGUGGUUGCAAAAGCUUAUCUGCGUGUUGAGGGUGUAAGUGAAAUCA